AGACGCAGCGAUUCCCCUUCAUCGUCGGGGUCAGCAUUUGUAGAGUGGCUUGCCAGCGCUUUAUUAGGAAAUCAGUGUAUCCAUCGCGGUGUUUUCGUUGCAUCCAACAUUGAAGAACGUAUUUAAAACGGCUGAUGGAAAAACUUGAUUAAACAUGCAUGUCGGGAACGAUUCCAGCAACUCGAACUGCAGUGACUAGAGGACUACCUGUAGGAUUUCAGCGGUUUAGGAGAAAAGAGCUCUAUACACAUUGUACUUUACGCGGUGUCCUCAACGUUCAUCUUUUCAUUUAAUAUGUCUAGGUACUUAUCCUUUGCAAACAGACCUAAACCCUCAUAAAACCAGACCUUGCUAACGUCUGAGCACGUUCGAAUCGGUUGCUUCUCAAUCCUAAUCGCCCUGUGCAUCCCUUCGCCAUUUUAUCGGACAGAAACCUGAAAGAUUUACAGAGACCAACCACUUCCAUGGAGUGAGCGUCACUCGGUCCGUUUUCUCCUCAUCAAAACCGAAGGAGUAAAUCAUUGUUUAGUGAGAUUUCCACCGAACGUCAUGUAGGGAAUCCGCAGUGUCCAAAGCACGGCGCACUGUGUGAAGUCUGAGCUGUUGUCAUCGCAGAGAUGCCGGUGCGCGCCGUGCCCACCAGGUUCAUGUACAGGGGACUCUGCUCGGUGCCAGACAUCCUCUCUUACGGGACUCCUGUCAGCCUCCCUGAUGAUGAAGUGGAGGAGAUCCGGGAGGCAUUUAAAGUGUUUGAUCGUGAUGGAAAUGGAUUCAUCUCAAAGCAGGAGCUGGGCAUGGCCAUGAGAUCUCUGGGCUAUAUGCCCAAUGAGGUGGAGCUGGAGGUCAUCAUCAAGAGACUGGACAUGGAUGGCAAUGGCCAGGUUGGUUUUGACGAGUUUGUAACUCUGCUUGGCCCUAAACUGACGACAACUGGCAUGCCUGACAAGUUUCACGGAACAGACUUUGACUCAGUUUUCUGGAAGUGUGAUAUGCAAAAGCUGACAGUGGAUGAGCUGAAGAGACUGCUGUACGAGACAUUCUGUGACCAUUUGACAAUGAAAGACAUUGAAAACAUCAUCAUGACUGAGGAGAGCCAUAUGAACAGCCCUGAGUGUCAAGUUAACAUUGACACAAGCCCCAUGCAACAAGUCAAGCACACAUGUGUGCGAAAGAGCUUGAUUUGUGCCUUCGCCAUUGCAUUCAUCAUCAGCGUCAUGCUUAUUGCAGCCAAUCAGAUGCUCAGAAGAGGGAUGAAGUGAGUCAACUUCCCCAUCUCUUCACUUUAGUAAAUCUAAAAUAUCCAUUACUAUGUUCCCUUUCAUCUAUAUUUUUUUGCAGCUAAACAUACUGACACUGGUGUAUAGAAAAAGAUAGAAGAAUAACUGUAAGCUUUAGGCCCAAAAGUAUAACUUUUAAGCCCUUAAUUUAUUUUGUGUCAUUUAAAAAAUAGUGAAUAUUAAUACAAAUAUUAAUAUUAAAUCAUGGUUAAUUAUUAUUUCACGGUACAGAUACAAUAUUUAUAUAUCCACUAUUAAGCAUGUUUGAGGUAACUCAUGAAAGAGAAACAGUUAGAUGGAUUUUUAUGGGUUUGUGGUAUCCCCUAGGGCUUUUCCAAAAACACUGGUCAUUGAGAUCAUUGUACUAUCAGGUUAGUAAGGAAAGAUUUAUCCAUUUUUAAACAGCCAGAGGUCAAAAACAGCAAAUACAAAAUACACACUAAACAUUAUAAAACAAGGAAUAUAGAAAACAACAAAGAAAAAUACAACAAAUAAAUGGCACAGAGUUGAUGCACAUGCAUGACUCAGUUCCAAAAUCGAAUGUAAUCGAAUGUAAACAUAAACAUGCCCGUAUCUAUAUGUUAAAAAAAAAAAAAGAAAAGAAAAAGAAAGAAAGAAAUAAUGACAAAUGACAAUAAAAAAAAGAUAGUAAUCUUAAUUGGGGCAAUG